AUGGUUAACAAUCGUGCAUGCAAGGAACAACAUGAGAACACGAUCGAAUGCGAUAUUGAGUCAAAUCGUGUUGAAGCUCAUUCCAUGGCGACAACGGAAGCAUUUUCACUAUCAGCACCGUUGUCAUCGUCGGCUGCUGCAACAUCACCGACAACAUCCCCAUCGUCGUCGUCGUCGUCGUCGUCCGGCAUUCAAGUANCGUCCGGUAUUCAAACGCAACGGAAUGUGAAUAACCUUAUUCAGCCGUGGGAACCAUCGAAUCAUGCGACUAUACUCGACGAUAUUGAGCAAACGAUUUUAGGUUUACAAGCGAAAGUCUUAAACGAAAGGGAUGAAUACUAUACAAAUCGCAUUGAAGAAGAAAAAUACCAAUUGAUUACUCAUUUCUUAACGACUCGUGAAGCGACAAUGAAGCUCAAUAGAUUGAUUGAGUUAGUUGAAGCGCGUGCAAAAAAUGUCAAGCGACUUACUCAAAUGCGACUUCAACAUCUUAUUAACAUAAUGAAUGAUUGCAAUGAUUCAGAUACAGAAGAUGACAACGACGACGAUAAUGAUGGAGAUAAUGGAGAUGAUGGUUUCGAAGAUGAAGAUAGUACAUUAUAA